GCGCGAUGACGUAGUGCUGACGCUCGCGUGAUGACGGAGGCGGCGUCACCGUCUCCAAGGAGCGGUCCGGGGCACAGGUUUCAAAGUCGCAGGGCGGGCCGAGUGGACUUCCGCUGAUGGCCCCGGGCUUCCCCGCGGUCCUGUCGUCGCCCUCUCAGCUCCCCUGCGGAUUUCGCCACCGGAUUGCCCUCCUUCGGGCUCCCUCUGCGCUCACCUAGGUGGCCCGACAAGACCCCGGUGAACCACGGGACACCUCCGCCCACCCUCGUCCCCUUCCCCCCCGGGUGGCAUUCGGUUGAACGCCGGACGGAAUUCGCUUGGCGCGUCCCGGCGAGCUCUGAAAUCUGAAGUCUGCUCCUCGGGUCAGCGAGCUCUGGUUUUUAGAGGAAAGAAAAAGGUGGUGAAAGCUCCAAACAAAAAUUAUAUCGCUAUGGCCACAGAAAUCGACUUUCUGAGAGACCAAAAUCAAAGACUAAACGAAGUUAUUAGGCAAUACCAAAUGGAAAAUUUUUCCAAAUAUUCAUCUAUAGAGAAAACUGUCCUCAAAGGAGAUGAAGAUGACACAUUAGUAAACUCCAAAGUUGACCAAAGCCUUUUAGCACUUACUGCUGAGUAUGAUAAACAUCUGGCAGAGCUGGGUGAACAACUGAAAUAUUAUCAGAAACAGAUGGGUGAGAUGAAACUACAACUUGAAAAUGUCAUCAAAGAAAAUGAAAGGUUACACCAUGAGUUGAAAGAUGCUGUUGAAAAGCAAUUGGAGGCCCUUCCAUUUAGUACAGAGAUAGGAAAUGAUGCAGUUACAGAUGAUGAAACAGUCAGGAACCUUCAAGAACAGCUGCGACUAGCCAAUCAAGAAAAGACUCAGGCUGUGGAACUCUGGCAGAGUGUUUCUCAGGAGCUGAACAGACUACAGAAACUUUACCAGGAACAUAUGACUGAGGCCCAGAUUCAUGUAUUUGAAAGCCAGAAACAAAAGACUAACCAACACUUUCUGAAAACAGUAACUGAGCAAAAUGUGGAAAUGGAACAGCUUCGAAAACAACUUAGACAAGCCAAGUUAGAUCUGAGAGUUGCAGUAGCAAAAGUAGAAGAGUUAACAAAAGUGACCGAAGGUCUUCAGGAACAAAUGGAAAAGAAGGAGGAGGAUAUGGUGUCUGCCCAAGGAAGAGAGGAAGCAUCAGACAGGCGCUUACAGCAAUUACAAUCUAAAAUAAAACAAUUAGAAACAAGAUUAUGUGUGACAAUCCAAGAAGCUGACCAGUUAAGAUCAGAAAAAACACAUCUGGAAAAGCAGACCAGGGACCUAACAGCAAAGUGCAAUGAAUUAGAAAAUGAAAAAUAUGAGGCCAUUUUAAGAGCCAGAGAUAGCAUGCAACUCUUAGAAGACGCUAACCUUCAAAAAAGUCAGGCUCUGCUUGAGAAGAAGCAAAGAGAAGCAGAUAAAGAGAAAAUGAAAGAAACAGUUUCUCAGUUCAUACAAGAAUCUACCAUAAGAACCAGGAAACAAAUCGAAAACACCAAGAAGCAACAUCAAGUACAGAUUUCUCAAUUAAUGGAAGCACUUUCAUCUCUUCAAAUGGACUGUGAUGAAAAACAAAGCCAAAUCGAACGAUGCAUUAGGGAAAAAAAAGCUGUGGAAGAAGAACUAGAAAAGACUUACCGUGAAGGCAGAGGGACCGAAAAUGAUUACAGAAAACUGGAAGAAAUGCACCGAAGAUGUCUGGUUGCUGAGCGUUCAAAAGAUGAUCUUGAGCUAAAACUUAAGAGAGCAGAAAAUAGGAUAAAACAACUUGAAAUUAAUUCCUCAGAAGAGAUAUCACGUUCCCAUGAAAUGAUUCAGAAACUUCAAAAUGUGUUGGAGUCGGAAAGAGAGAACUGCGGCUUUGUCAGUGAACAAAGGCUUAAACUUCAGGAAGAAAAUGAACAGUUACACAAGGAAACCGACCAUUUAAGAAAGAUUGCUCUGGAGGCUCAAAAAAAAGCCAAAUUAAAGAUCAGUACAAUGGAGCAUGAAUUUUCAAUAAAGGAGCAUGGGUUUGAAGUUCAGUUAAGAGAGAUGGAAGACAGUAAUCGAAAUUCCACUAUUGAACUGAGGCAUCUCUUAGCAACUCAACAGAAGGCGGCCAAUAAAUGGAAAGAAGAAACAAAGAAACUCACUGAAAGUGCAGAAAUUAGAAUCAGCAAUCUCAAGAGUGAGCUGAGUCGACAGAAACUUCAUACCCAAGAACUGCUUUCUCAGCUGGAAAUAGCAAAUGAAAAGGUAGCAGAGAAUGAAAAGUUAAUUCUAGAGCAUCAAGAAAAAGCCAACAGACUUCAGAGGCGUCUCAGUCAGGCAGAAGAGAGGGCUGCUUCAGCUUCCCAGCAGCUCAGUGUGAUUACAGUACAGAGAAGAAAAGCAGCCUCCAUGAUGAAUCUGGAAAAUAUUUAGAAAUAUUCAUAGUUCUCUCCCAGAACUGUAGCGCUGAGAAAGCUGUUGGACUAGACGUGUACUGACAUGGUGACGCCUGCAGAGAAUGGUUAAGGCUUGUGUCACUUUGCAUAAGCAUUUUCCAUUCUGUUUUGAGGCUUAUUGGAUAACAGCACAGUGACAGCUUCCUGUAAGUAAAGAAAAUAUAAUCCUAUAUUCGAGCUUCAGUGAAAAAUAAAACCAGCUGAGAAGAACUCACUGCCUUCAUCAAUGUAUCUAUUUCUUAAUUCCCCCUUUUCCAUUGGAUGAAAAUAAUUUUCAAACCAUGCUAAUCUUGAGAAAGAGGUCUUACAAAAAAUCUAGAAUUUAAUAUUUCAGAUUUUAAGAUUGGGGAGCUUUAUGUCUAAUUGUUACUUCUACCUCAUUUUUAAAGUUCCUGAGGAUUCGUUUUAUUAUGAACUCAUAAAUGUAAUAAAUUUUGCACUUUCCAAAA